GAUAUUUGCGAAAACAAUAAGUUCCACUAUCAUUAGCGUAAUGAGAUAAGUUACGUUCCUUCUUAUGUUAGGUAAGCUGCGAUGUGCCUAUAAAUUUAGGUGCGAGGUUGCAUGCAUCAUUGUUAAUAUCGGUGCGAAAAUCGUGGAAGCAUCAUGACGCGGAUUAGCUUUGCUAUUUCGCUAUUGUAUGUUCUACACUGCGUAACGUCCUCCUUUGCCUUCGUUUUCGAGGACUGUGGUUCCGAAGUGGGCAAGUUUACUGACAUCGUAAUUUCGAGCUGCACUACAGCGGACGAGAAAUGCGCGGUAGCUCGUGGUUCUGAAGUAAGCGUGGUCGUCAAAUUUGUGCCAAACGUAGAUGUUUCGGACGUUGAAGCGCAUGCAUUUGGUGUGAUCCUUGACGUACCCGUGCCUUUUCCCCUAGAAAAACCGAAAGUAUGCAAGGAACCAAGUUCUGGACUCAAAUGUCCUUUGAAGAAGGAUGUAGAAGCUGAAUACAAAGCUACGUUCACCGUAGAGAAGAAGGCCCCCGCGUUGAGUGUCGACGUUAUGUGGGAAUUUAGAAACGAAAAAGAUGAAAAAAUUAUAUGUAUAAAAUUCCCGGCGAAGAUUACAUAAGAGGAUUAAGUGCAAUUGGCAUUUUUGUAGUGACUAUGAUAUAUUAUUGUACACUAGUAUUGAAGUAAACACGUUACAAUUUUUUAAAUAAUAAAUCUCGCUGCAUUUUUAACGCAUGUCGAUACAAAAAUUUCACAAAUUAAAAUUAAAAAAAAUAAACGA